AUGAGGCCAACGUCCGAGUCCGAUUAUGUAGUAAAAUCGGUAGUUUCGAUGCCCUGCUGCGGACCGUCCGACGGCCUGUUGGUCAACGUAACCGGUGACCAGUUCACUCAAACAUUUGUCGUGGAACAUCGUCCGGAAAGAAUUUUGGGUUACGCUAUUGUGGUGUCCUUGAUUCGUUACGUUUCUGCGGUACCACUUGCCGACCUUCAAACACCGGUAACAAUAUUCGAUGCCGGUGACUGCCCGGCUAUUAUGGGCAGUACAUCGUCUGUAGGUUUAGAAACACACGACAACUGUUCACCAAACACAGCCGUCUGUGACGAACCCCUUCCCGAAAAUGUUUCCAAUGAUAUCACGAUAAAUGAUACCGUCUCCGAAAAAUCUGCCGACAUCAAAUCCGUCCAAGAACCCGUGAUUUCGUUAACGCAUAACACCGAUAUAGAACCCGACAUCGCCACAGAA